UGUUAUUAUUCUGUCUGCAUUCACUGGAUAUGAGCAAUCGUACGCUCUGAUUGGCUACUCUACUACCAGGAUAUCAGGUCAUAUACGGGAGAGAGAAUACACAGGGUGUCGAACACGAAACAACCACUAACUAUCAGAAGUUUCAUCAAAACAGCCAACAGCUAUGAAUCUUGAGCCCCCUAAAACAGAAUUUAAGUCGGCCACACGGGUGACCGGAGGCCCAGCCACGCCACGCAAAGGCCCACCCAAAUUUAAACAGAGGCAGACUCGCCAGUUUAAGAGCAAACCGCCAAAGAAAGGCAUCCAGGGAUUUGGAGACGAUAUCCCUGGUAUGGAAGGUUUAGGCACUGACAUCACAGUCAUCUGCCCUUGGGAGGCCUUCAGCCACUUGGAGCUGCACGAGCUGGCUCAAUACGGCAUCAUCUGA